ACGUCACUCUGUGUUGGACGGACAGCUGAAAGGCAGACUUCUUGUUGACGUUUUGUUUUGAUCGCGUUUGUUUGGAUUCCCUUUGACGUUUUACCCACAUUCCCAGCGGAUCCUAAAGAUUUCACCGCCACGCCUCGGUUCGGGGAUCCAGCAAAGAUGAAAUGGAUGUUUAAAGAGGACCAUUCCCUCGAGCACCGAUGUGUGGAGUCAGCCAAAAUACGCAACAAAUACCCGGACAGAGUACCGGUGAUCGUGGAGAAGGUCUCCGGUUCUCAGAUCGUCGACAUCGAUAAGAGGAAGUACCUGGUGCCUUCGGACAUCACGGUGGCCCAGUUUAUGUGGAUCAUCCGCAAACGCAUUCAGCUGCCCUCAGAGAAAGCCAUCUUCCUGUUUGUUGACAAAACUGUCCCCCAGUCCAGUCUGACGAUGGGCCAGCUGUACGACAAGGAGAAGGACGAGGACGGCUUCCUGUACGUGGCCUACAGCGGAGAAAACACGUUUGGGUGCGAAGCCGUCUGCGCAGCACAGGGUUAACGCUUCACUGAGAAUCCAGACCCCCCCUGAACACACACAGACACACCCCAAAACAUUAAGGCCCGGUGGCAACACUGGCCUUCACAUAUGGUACAUUAGUAAUGCUUACACACACCUCAGUUUUUGAUACUGAAAUAUAUCAAGUUAUUGGGUUAAAAUUCCCCAAAUGCUCCUGUGAAGAAGCUUUAUUGGUAGUUUAGAUGAUGAGAAAUGGAGAAAGAAAAAUGCUCAAACAUGUUAAAGGACAGUCAUUGGGAGAAAAAUCUGAAACACUGCCGUUAAAUCCGAUAAACACGUCACAGACUCAUGAGUAUGAGCCUAAAAGAGGAAAAAAUAUUUAAAUUCAGGGGGAAAAAAAGCCUCCAUCCUCCCAUUUUCUCUUUGUUUCUCUUCUUUGCAUUAAUCCAAAGUGAGAAAGAAACGCCGUGAUCUUUAGUGUUAAAUCUUAAAGGCAGAGUGCGGCUCUGGGGUUUAGUGCAUCAGUUUCCAGGUCUUCCUCAGUUUGGCUGGUUCAUCGCUGCGCAUCAUAGCUGCUGAUUCAGGAACCAGAGAAGUUAUGAGCAUUAAGACUUUACUUGAAGUUACCUGAGCUGAACUGUGAUGUUUAUCUGCUGGGAGGCAAAAGCUAAAGUUUAUUCUCAGAAAUUAUACUGCAAACUCUCAACAAUUUAAGAUGUAACAGAAAAGUGAAGAAAUAGCUGAUAAAUUUUACCUUUAAGGAAGAGCUUAGCUAUUAUUUGCUUUGAAUGCACGCUUCUGCAGAUAAUCAUUGGAUGUUUCAGCAACAUUAUGCUGAAACAUCCAUAAUUUGUUUGGAAUAAUUUCAAUAAAGUAUCACAGAAUAUGCAGAAUAAUUUGAAAUGAGUCAGUUUUCUUUUAUUAAAUGUUAGAGUUUUAGUUUUUUUUUUUGUAUUUUAUGUUUCCUGUAUUUUGACAGUUUUGUUGUUUUUCUGCAUCUUAUUAGUUGUAAGGCACUUUAGGUUGUUUGCUCUACACAUUGAUUGUUUCUGUUUGUACUGUUUUAGUUUUAAAUGGAUGAAUUAAUGUAGAAUAUUUGGAAAAUGUGAAAACUAAGAAGUCUUUUGCUGGCUGCAUCUUUUAGUGAAAACAGACUGUAGGUCAGAAGUUUGCAUCCGCUCAUUAUUAGCAUCUAUUUCAUGCUUUAAAUUAUUUUUAAGUACUUGUUAUAACAGAAAUUUGAGAGCAACAAUUUCAAUUUAUUCUAUUUUUUUCUGUAAUCUUGAUUGGGUCAGAAAUAAACUUGCAGUCCCAAACAUACCGGUAUGUUUAUAUAUUCCUUUAUUUAGCAUUAGAUUAUCCAUUUGCAAGUCAGAAUUUUUUUUUUCUAGUAGACCUCAAUAAAGUUGAUUGACUAAUUUAGCACACAUCUCAUCAGAAAUUGUAGAUUUUAUUUUAAGUCAAUAAAGUUGAUUCAUUUCUACCAAGUCUGGGUCAUUCUAGUAGCGCAUUACCAGUCUGUUUUAUUUCUUCAGAAACUGGUUUUGCAGAGUGUUUGGGAUCUUUGUUUUACUGGGUGUAAUUUUUUGAAUUUGCAAUUUAUUGAUUUAAGACAAAACAUCAGUUUGGAAGCAAAUCUAUGCCUUAAUUAUCAAAAUCAAAACAGACUCAGAGCCUGAUGGUUAGGAUGUGCAGCAAAACUAUAUGGAUCUAUAUAGAUAGAUCUAGAGUCGUAAAGAGGGUAAAGCUAUCCAUCCUAAAAAAAUGUCUGUAAACUUUAUUUAUUGAAACCAAAAUUUCCCAUUGGAAGAUAAUAAAGUGUUGAGCUUAUUAGAUGCUUUACAGGCUCUGAAGCUUUCCCUUCAUCGACACCUUGACACCUGAACCAACUACAAAACGUUUCUUUAGAAAGCAGUUGCUUUGUUCAGGUGUUCAGCUACACAUUUUAAAUGAAGUGUGGAGCUUUCGUCUUUUGGCCCUGAUCAUGUCACUGUAGAUAAUGAUGAUACUGCAUCAUGUUUUAAUUUCUGAUGGGUACCGGUUGAUUCUCGUACAUCCUAACCCAAUUCGUUCAGACUGCGUCAGAAGAGCCGGACACAGCUUGUUGUUCCAACAGGACAAUGAACCCAAACACACAAAACUGGUGUUAGAAGGUAUAAAGCAAGCUGACAUUAUGGGCUUGAUGAUAUGCGAGGAGAUUGACCGGUUGGAAAUGUUUUUACGUUGUCUACUGAAAGAAGGGAUUU